CGUUUGUACUGUAUCCAGCUUCUCGCUAGUCCGCGUGUUGAUACUGAAGAGAGGAUCGCGCAGAAACAAGAGUAUUUUUGCAUCGCAGAGACCAAAACUCAGGACAAAAAUCAGAGAAAAAUGGACAUGCCGAAGAGGGUCUCGUUAGAGAUGAGGCACCGGUCACCGACAGAAGUCCAGGAGCUGGUUCUGGAUAACUGUCGCUGCUCUGAGGGGAAGAUCGAAGGAAUAACAGAAGAGUUCUCAAACCUGGAGCUGCUGAGUCUCAUCAACGUGGGCCUGACCACCGUCGCAGACAUCCCUAAACUGAGCAAACUCAAAAAGUUGGAGUUGAGUGAUAACAGGAUAUCAGGCGGUCUGGAGGUCCUGGCGGAGCGGCUGGUGAAUCUAACGCACCUCAACCUCAGCGGGAACAAGUUUAAAGACAUCAGCACUCUGGAGCCACUGAAAAAACUCCCCCAGCUGAAGAGUCUGGACCUGUUUAACUGUGAGGUCACCAACCUGGGUGACUACAGGGAGUCCAUCUUUAAGCUCCUCCCCCAGCUCACCUACCUGGACGGCUACGACAUUGACGACUGUGAGGCCUCCGACUCCGACGGGGAGGGAGACGGAGUCGAGGAUGAGGAGGAGGAAGAGGGAGAGUCAGAAGACUUUGAUGAGGAGGAAGAGGAAGACGAGGAGGAUGUUGUAGCUGAAGACGAUGAUGAUGAAGAUGACGAGAGUGGAGAUGAUGAGGACGGAGAAGUGAACGGAGACUUGGACAGCGAAGACGAUGAAGAGGAUGAGGACGAUGAGGAGGAUGAUGACGAGGACUCGUCACCGACCAAAGGCGAGAAGAGGAAGAGAGACCCUGAAGACGACGAUGAAGACGAUGAUUAAAAACCCUCAGAUACCCUGAAAAACCCUUCGACCUCUCACCUCUCCCUCCCCCUACAUGACCUCCUCCCCCAACCCCCACCAACGCUCGCCCGCUUUAUCUGACACCUCCCCCCUCACUCAGCGGUCCGUUGGGCUGCAUACGCUUCCAAAACUGGACACCCCACCCCCACCCCACCCUCCACUGCUUCUUUAUGAGCCUCUCUUGACAAAAACAACUGCUGACCACUUCCACCCCCUCAUUAAAAAAAAAUCACAUUUAUUUGACUAAAAUACAAAUAACUGAAAUAUUACACAACAGCAGAGACCAUUUCCCCCCAAACUGAUGUCUGUCCAUAAACCUUCAAAACUGUGAAAAUGGCCAUUAACAAAAUUCUUAGAGUAGUAAUAAACAUCUUAAUGUCUCACCUUCUCUGUCCAACAAACAAAAUCACAAAAAUAUUCCGUUACGCAUUUUUGUUUUGCCAAGAAAAGCACCAUCCAUGAAUUUCUAGGGCUAGAAACAGAUUUAGAAUGAAAAUACCUGAACCUCCCCUGAGAUUUAUCAGAUUUGCUUCCCCCUAAAUAUCCACUUUGACUAAAACCAAAAGCUUCAGCUUGCAAAUAUUUAAACCAUUAAAAUCUGAGAUAAUCCAGAGACUUCAAUGUCAAUAAGCUUUAAACUAAAAUAUGCUGGACUAUUUGUUCAUUUGAACAACGUAGACCACAUGUAAGUGAUCAAAAUUUCACAUUAAAGCCACCAAAGAUGAUUGAGUUGAUUUUUUUUUUAGGGUUUCAGGCAAAACACAACCAUUGAAAAGAGGCUUUUUUGAAACUCUGCAAUAUAAACUUAAUUAAACCAAUUUUUUUUUAAAUAAAAUAAUUAUUCACACUUCCAAAAGUCAUUUAAAGACCAUGGACUCAUUAUUUUGUAAAAAUGUAGAAACAAAAUUUCAGUUUUGAUGCAACUGCUGACUGGGCGUAACAGCACUUUUGAUGCGGCUAAAACCAAACCGUCUUUCUCCUAACCACCUUUUUUCCCUUUUACCUCAUCCAAAUGUCCACAUUUAACAUCCCAAGCAGCUGUGACAUCACCAUUCCUUUGAUAGACUGUGACAUCAUCACCGUUCCGUUGAUAGGCUCUGUGAAAUCAUCACUGUUCCCUUGAUAGGCUCUGUGACAUCAUCACCGUUCCGUUGAUAGGCUCUGUGACAUCAUCACUGUUCACUUGAUAGGCUCUAUGAUGACAUCACCGUUCCUUUGAUAGUCUCUGUGAUUUCAUCACCGUUCCUUUGAUAGGCUCUGUGAUGUCAUCACUGUUCCUUUGAUAGGCUCUGUGAUGUCAUCACUGUUCCUGUGAUGACGUCACCAUUCCUUUAAUAGACUCUGUGAUGACAUUACCGUUCUCCUGAUAGGCUCUGUGAUGUCAUCACCAUUCCUUUAAUGACAUCACAGUUCUCCUCUGUGACAUCAUCAAAUACAUUUAAAUUCAUGAACUGGCAUCCACAUAAUAAACCUAACCCCAUCCCACCCCCAAAUUCCCCCCUCGAGGUCGAGCACGCUCAGGGCAAACUGUGUUCUCUCUCUUUUUUGCCAACAGAGCUUUUUUAAAGAAAUAUUUUUUCAGAGAAAUUGUUUUGUUUAAUUUUGUAUGGCUGUCUGGAGACUCUGUUUCUCUCUCAACGUCUCUCUCUCUCUCUCUCUCUCUCUCUCUCUCUCUCCUCUUUUCCUUGUUUCUUUCUGCUCCUUAGAGAGAUCCAGUUGAUCCAUCACACUUACACUGACUAGUUUGGUUUUCUUUUGUUGUUCUUUUUUUUUUACUUUUCUGUAAGUUAAAGGAAAAAAACAAAGAAAAAACAGCACACAUAAAAAGGACUUUGUAAAUAAAAUCUUAACAUUUUG